AUGUUUUUGAUCGUUGCUAUUUCAGUGCCGGGCAUUAAUAGGUUUCACGAAAAGAAAUUGAUGCGUGAGCAAAUAGUAGAGCUUGUGAAAAGCUUGUGCAAACAUAUGGAAUCGUUAGACUACAAUGAUGCAGCAGCUAUUUGCGCGGAAACCAUGCUUACAGCAGCCGAAUCAGGAAGCCAUGAUGUUGUCCUAGAAAUUGUAGAGACAUUUCCUCUUGCAGUUCAUUUUCGGAAUUCUUUAGAUCAGAACUUUCUCCACUUGGCCAUCAAGAACCGUUGUGAGAACGUAUUUAAUCUCAUGUAUAUGACCAGUAUGUGUAGAUACCAGUACGCAAAUGCAAUCGACAAUGAUGGAAACUCUAUCCUUCACUUGGCGGCGCGUUUGGCACCUUUUCACAAGCUCAAUUUAGUCUCGGGUGCAGCUCUCCAAAUGCAACGUGAAAUACAAUGGUUUCAGGAGGCUAGUAAGUUUGUUAGUUCCUAUACGAGGGGACUACAAAACUAUAGUGGCGAAACGGCUGAAAUGAUAUUUACAGAAGAACAUAGAGAACUGAAAAUAGAUGGAGAGACAUGGAUGAAAGAUACAGCUAACUCAUGUAGUAUUGCUGCAGCAUUGAUUGUUACUGUUGUGUUUGCUGCGGCUAUCACAGUUCCGGGUGGCAACCAAUCGGAUUCUGGUUAUCCGAUCCUCUAUGAAUCAAGUGCAUUCACAAUAUUUGCAGUUUCUGAUGCAGUUUCACUCUUCACAUCAUCUACUUCCCUCUUGAUGUUCUUGUCCAUCCUCACUUCGCGCUAUGCCGAGCAUGACUUUCUGUAUGCGUUGCCCAAACGACUAUCCAUUGGUCUAGUCACGCUUUUCCUUUCAAUCUUGUUUAUGAUGAUAGCCUUUAGUUCAACGUUGUAUCUAGUGUUUGGGAGGAAGAAGGCGUGGGUUCUGUUGCCGGUGGGUGCACUUACUUGUCUCCCUAUUUCUUCAUUCGUGCUAUCGCAGUUCCCACUUCUUAGGGAUGUCAUUUCUUCCACUUAUGGUCGUGGUGUCUUCGGGAAGCGAAGCAAUCGUACUCGUACAUUUCCCUAA